AUGUCUUCGAAGAGAGGCGAAAACUCACGUGGGUAUAGAUCUCAAGGUCGCAGGAUCGCGGAGGAAUCAACCCCAUCAACCGGAGCGGAGUUCCAUGUACUGGAUCCUUCAGGAGGACCGUUAAGCUUAGAGAGCCCCACGCAGCAGCACCAGCAUCAGCAGCAGCAGUUCUUCACCGAGUUCCAGCCAGCAUCGUUUUCAGAGCUCCCAGUUGAUCUGCAGGGGGGAUUGCAAUUGAGCCAUCUUGAAACGGCCUACUCCACUGCUAUUUCAGAACAGCAACAGCAGCAACAACAGUCUCUCCCCCAGACGAACCUCUACGAGGGAUCCCACCAGCUUCAGGAUCCAUUACUGCCACUUGAAUCAGUCCCAUCUGAAUCUAGUCCCGCAGAGGACUCGACUGACGUCGCUCGUCAGUCACAAGUGUUCAGUGCUGAGAAUCCCAGCGCCGUCAACCUUCUCCCUCCAUCCUAUUCAGGAGGAGAAGCAUAUAUUCCAGAGUCAAUGUAUGCCAGCUUGCAGACCUAUUAUCCAUCCAGCAUACCCUCUCUGCACAGCCAGCAAUUUGCUGGGAAUAUAGAGGGCGCCUUGUCACAAUCACAGCCGUUUCUCGCUUCCAGUGACUCGACGAAUAUGUUCCCAAACAACCGGCAGCCGAAUUCUUUCUCUCCUGCCCCGGGUCAAUGGACCCAGUAUGACCGUUCUGUUGGGCGAACACAUACGCCCGAGCAACCGCCACAGAGGAGACCAGACGAACCGCUGCCACCAUUUUCGGCACCUAAUGCGUAUUCAUCUUCACAGGCACCGGUGUAUCCAACCGCGCCCUAUCCGCUAGGCGUCCAACAAGCACCAAAUCAGCAAUUCUAUCCUCCUUCCGCAGCCUACAAUUUCAAUCAACCCAACUACGAUAUUCCUCAAACCUCCUUUGUCCCGUCCACACCUUAUCCCAUCACGACGAGUCCGGACUCUCGGAUUCCCGUGGCACCCUCACCGUUCGUUACCCCCGGCUCGACGGCUGGGACUCCGGAGCCUGAGAGCCAGGUUCGCGUGAUCGAGUCUCGACCGAAACCGCAAUGUUGGGACCACGGCUGCAACGGCCGCGAGUUUUCAACUUUCAGCAACUUACUACGACACCAGCGUGAGCGCUCGGGGGCAGCGGCCAAGUCGGAAUGUCCGCACUGCGGCGCGGUGUUCACGCGGACCACGGCCCGGAACACCCACAUUGCGCAGGGGAAAUGCAAAGGCUUGAAGGAGUCGAGUCAGUCGACGACGACUGGAUGA